AUGGAAAGUGUGGGAAGAUUACCCGACCCUAUGAAAUUUGAAGGGAAUCUCAAUGAAUACUUCAAAAGAUUUCUCCAAAAGCUGGAAAUGUAUUUAAUAGCAUCCGAAAGAGACAUGAAACCAGAUAAGAUAAAAAUAGCAAUACUAUUAAACACAAUAGGUAAUGAAGGAAUAGAAAUAUAUAACACAUUUAAAUUCACUGAUGCAGAAAAAGAUAAAUACGAUGUUGUGGUGGAUAAAUUCAAAAAGUAUUGUGCUCCACGAAAAAAUAGAACAUAUGAAAGAUUUGUGUUUAAUAAUCGAGUUCAAGAUCCAGAUGAGCCGUUUGAUAGUUUUCUGGGAGAUUUAAAGAAAUUGGUUCAGUCCUGUGAAUAUGAAGAUCAGGAAGAAUCAAUAAUUGUUGAUAGAAUCAUUCUUGGAACCAAAGAUGUCCGAUUACAGGAAAAAUUAUUAAAUUACCAAAUGCCGAAAUUAGAAGAUGUAAUUGAAAUGUGUCGAAAUGCUGAGAUAACAAGAAAACAUAUGGAAAAUGUUAGAAAUAAAGAUGAGGCACACAUAGAUGCUAUCAAAAAGAGGAGUAUAGGAAAAGAAAGGAAAGAAGAAAAGAAAAAUCAAGUAAGAAAAUGCCAUAAAUGUAAUAAAUCACAUAAUUAUGGAGAGUGCCCAGCCUAUGGACAGAAAUGUUUUAAGUGCGGAAAGCAAAAUCAUUUUACGGCUGUAUGCAAAACAAAUAUAAAGAAAGUUCGAGAGGUAACCGAAAACGAAUAUGAAAUCACGAAAGAUGAAGAUGAGAAGAUGUUAGUUAGUAGUCUGGCAAUGGUAGGUGAAAUUACUAUUGGAAAUAAGUCAACUUGGAUGGAAAAAAUAAAUAUUGAGGGUAAAUGGGUGCAAUUCAAAGUGGAUACAGGAUCAGAAGUAAACAUCAUCCCAAUGCAAAUAAUUCCAAAUAAGCCGUUACAAGAGACAAAGGUUAUUCUUGAAGCAUAUGGUGGGACGAGAUUAAAGCCGGAAGGUAAAAUUAAAUUAAACUGUGCUCAUAAAUCGGAAAAAAUAGAUUUGGAAUUCUUGGUUAUAAAUAGAGAUAACAAGUAUUGUCAUACAAAAGAAAAGUUUAUUCAAGAAAAUAUAGAUGUAUUUGAAGGAUUGGGAACUUUCAAUGAUUUAUGUAAAAUAAAUUUAAAAGCAAAUAGUGUACCCGUUGCUAAACCAUGUAGACGUGUUCCGUUAAUUAUAAAGAAAAAGUUAUAUGAAAAACUGCAAAACUUAGAAAGACAAAAAAUAAUUGCUAAAGUAACUGAAGCUAGUGAGUGGGUUAAUCCUCUUAUAAUAGUUGAAAAACUUAAUAAAUCAUUAAGAUUAUGUUUAGAUCCGCACGAGUUAAAUAAAUGUGUAGAACGGGAGUUUUUUGAAAUGCCGAGCUUAGAAGAUCUGAUAUUAGUAGUAAACUGUAAAUAA